AUGUCGGAUUCCAGUAUAAUGAGUGUCAGAGAAAUGAUAGAUAAUUGUUUCGGGGAACCAGAUGUAAAUAUAGUCAACUUUAAGCUUAUGCAAACAAUACUUUACCUCCUGGCUAGGCAACAGCGAUUAUUAGAGCGUCGAGUUGCAAUUGAAUUUGGCGCAAGUCUCGUUCCAAGGACAUCUAGCCUUUCCAUUACGGAAGUGAAAUUAAAAGCAAAUGUUUACAAAAAAACGAAAAAGUAUACUGGUGAAAGUGGAGUUGCGUCUUCAAAAUCAAAAGGAAAAAAAACAAAGGCAGAUAAAACGUCCAUUGUAUCAACUACCGAUGAAGUCUCAACUUCAAAAUCAACAUCAGAGAAAACAACAACGGAUAAAUCAUCCUCUUUAUCAACUACAGAUAAAACGACAGCAUCAAAAUCUACAUUAGAGAAAUUAACGACGGAUAAAAUGUCAUCCAAAACCACUACAGAUAAAACGACCACUUCUAAAUCCUAUAAAUCGAUUACUGCUAAAACAACUUUUAAAACAAGUGCAGACACAACUACACUUUUAAAAUCAACAGAACCAUCUAUAUCGGAUAAAACUACCAUUAAAACCGCCAUAGAUACAACAAAGACAGAAAAAUCGAUGCCUGAUAAUACAUCUUCUAAAUCAACUGGAGAUAAACCUGCAACUUCGGAAUUAUCAUCCUUCACAAAGCAUAGCACAUUGUCAUCUUUCGAAAAAAGCAAAUCACUAUCAGAUAAGACUAAAAUUUCAACAGGAAUAUUUUUAUCGGCUAAAGAAUCAUCAGAUAAAGCUAAAAGUGGAAAAACUAAGAAGACAGAUUUUCAUCAUCUUUUGGAGCUUCUUGAGCAGCAGCGAGAACAGGAGUUACGAGUCGUUAAUCAGAGAGCUGAUUCGCGUGAAGUAGCGGAGAAAACGCCUACACCCAUGGCGUCUUUAGAUUCGAUGGAAGUACAAUAUGAAAAGCUACUAGUCGUCGAACGGGUGCCGGUUGAAGAAGCUGAAAAAAAGAUAGGGCGUUUACGUGAUGGCAAGAUGACAGAGUUAAAUAUUGUUACACAAAAAGAUUUUGAUGAGCUAGCACAUAUAGUAAAGGAAAUGCAGACAAAAUUUGGAUUAGUUGGUGAAGCUCAAGAAAAUAUGCAAUUAAUGCAAGACGUUCAGCGAAGUUCUUCUAUGACUGAUGCAAUGGCUGCAUUGCAAAUCUCAGCUCGGAUUGAAAACUUAGAAAAAGCUUUGAAACUAAUGGAUUCUAUGAUCACUAAUUUAGCUAUCAAAACGGAUAUAAAAAUAAAACAACAGCCAGAAGGGAAAAUAAAUACAUUUCCAGUCCAACAAAUAAAAAGAGGUGGUGAUACUCCUGAAACAAAAGUGAUUUAUGAUGCGCCUCGCGAUCCGUCAUAUAUUUCAGGGAAAUCUGGCAGGGAAACUGAAGACAUGUAUGAGCUUUCAAAACCACCACUCAUUGAAACGGAAGAUCCUGUAAUGGAAUUGUUGAAAGGGUUGCCAAAAACAAAUAACAUUAACAUGGCUGAAUUAGAUGAUGCAACGCAAGAACUAUACGACGACUUAAUUAAAACUGUGGGAAAUUUAACUAAUAAAGCUAUUAGUAAGGCUGACGAUGCUCUUAAGACUGCUUGUAAACUAGAGGCAAAAUUGGACACAGCAAUAGAUGUAGAUACGCGAAUGGAAAACUUAGAGAUGUUCGUGUCUGAAUAUACUGGAAAAAUUAAUAGACUAGAUGCAAACCUAUCCUCGCAGAUGUCAAAUUAUCAAGAACAGUUAACUCAAAUGCAGCAUGACUUGGAAGGGGGCUUGGAAGCCAUGGCUGAAGCAUUAGCAAAUCCUCCAACAGAAACCCCAGGAGUUGAGGAGCUCAACGCCAACUUUACUAAUCUACAAAUACAAUUUGACAUCGCCAAUAUGAGACAAAAAGACUUACAGGAAAGCCAAGGAGUGCUGUCGUUAGACGUUCAAUCUUUGUGGAAAGAGAUUGAAUUAUUGCGUGAAGUAAAAUCAGAUCGCGAUGAAGUAGCAGAUGCUUUACGGGACAAGGCUGGACUCGGCCAAUUGAAUGGUCUCGUUACUCAUCAGCAAUUUGAUGCAGUGCGCGGAGAUUUCGAGAAACGUAUUGGAGCUUCAUAUGAUAAGUUCAAUAAUCAAGAGAUUAUUUGGCAAAAAAUCAUAGAUGACCUACUAAGGGAAUUAAACGAAAAGGCCGAUUGGGUACAACUAGCGGCAUUGCGUGAUAAUAUAAAUGAUAAUCUCGAAAAACUCCAGAAUAAAAUCCAUGCAAUGGAAGAAAUAAUCGGAGAACCGCAUGCAGCGACUAUCUCUAGACGACUGUUUCGUGACGCUGCAUGUCUUUCUUGUUCAACCCCCGCACAUAUGAAUUUAGAAGAAGCCACUCUACCGGCGUUACCUGCUUUCACUAAAACAUCUCGCCCUAUUACUAUAGGCGCUGAAGAUACAACAAAGCCAAAGGAAGAUGGAGAUCAUGGAUUAUGUUAUCCUGGACAGCCAAUACCACAUGCUAAAGACCCUAGAUCCCAUUUUUUCCGAAGAUACUGUGGUGGUUCACAUACAGCUAUACGUGGCAAAUUAAGCCGUGCUCCUGCCGAAAUUAUUGUAAGCACAUUGCGCGGCGAGACUACUGGAGUUGGUUCAGAUGGAAAAGUGUAUAUGAUUGAUGAACAAGAAAAAGAAAAGAAACAGUGUCGGCAAUGUAACACACACAAGGCUGUGCCGCAUCCUUAUUCUGCCAUAGAUAAAGAUUCUUGCCAUGAAUUCGAUUCUGAAAGGGCCCGGUAUUACGUGUUGCCGGUAAUGACUUCAACAGGAGGCCAAGUUGAAGACAGCGUAUCCAUGACGCCACCGCUUCCUAUUGAAGAAGACUACUAACUCAA